UCUCAGCACGACAUGACAAUCAAUAAUUUAUCAAGACAUGGGGUAAAUACAACAAAAUAAAGAAAAAAUGAAAAGACAAUAAAAAAUAAUCAAACAGAGGCAGGCAUAAAAUUCCAGUUUCUUAAAAACAAAAAACUCCUUUAGCAUAGUAACCGUGUGAGCACCUUCCUUAUUCCUUAUAAGCUGGAUAGUCUCAGAAGGCCUCCCCUGCGAGGCUCGGGUGGUGGGCGACACCGGGGGGAGGCUGCUUCAUGGAUGCGGUCUCUCCCCGGGGAGCGUUAAUAAGCUGAGUCUGCCGAACCUUCUGGGGUUUGGUUUUCAUAGCACAGCGCUACAUCCGUGGCUCCCAGCCUAAUUGAAUAAUUGGUACGAGCAACAAAAUAACCCGCGAUUCUCUUCUUUUUUUUGUUGGUCCAGAAAAGUUUUAACAGCGUCUCCUUCGUGUUCUGCAGCACAGCACACACAAGCGACGUCGAUAUCUCCGGAUUGUCUCGUCGGUGGGACGAACACGCGCUUCUUUGCCUUCGCGCGCGGACCAGGUGUCCGGCCGUGACGUCACCGGCCAACGCUUUCUUCAAAAUGAGGCGGCGCGAUGGGAGACUCCUUGCUAUCACGGCCACGAACGGCGGUGCCUUCGCAGAGGGGCGACGUCGAGAACCGUGGCGGAUUUCCUUUAAACGACUGGCGCGGUCCUGACUCCGGCUUUACGCGCCGCUCAGGACUUCUGGAUACUUCCAGGGAAGGGAAGGGGAAGGCCCGGAAGGGGAAGGCCCCCCCCCCUCACCUCCCUUUCUUACUUUCGGGCAACGCCUUCAACGUCACCGCCGACAUGUGAAGAAACACACCUGGCUGCGCGAAGUGCGAGACUGGACCGGGGACUUGGAGGGACGACGUGUCGGCGCUUGACAGGGCAGGAAGGCGUGAGUGGACUUUGGUGCUGUGGGGGUUGACGCCGAGUAGCGAGGCGUGGGAAGGCGAGACGUGCUCCGGGGCCCCCGCAAGGCGAGGGCGUCACAGUAAGACGAAAUAGCAGCGCGUUUCCGGGUUGAGAGGGGGGGCAAUCAAUCAUUUCACAGGACUAUCCCGAACCGAGCCGACAUGGACAUUGACUUGGAGAAAAUUGAGGUGGCGGGCAACGGCAGUGACGAGGCGGCACGCUUCUACCCCGAACAGGUGACAGCAGAGAACGGGGUUGUGAACAACGGCUCUCCUGAUGCCGCGGAGAGACAAUCGUUGCUUCAGAAAGAGUUCCCAGGUACGAAUGGGGAGACAAACCUCGCCGAACACACUACCGCUCAGAGGCUCCUCCAGUCCUUGCCUGUCACUACACAAACUCAUGAAAAGGUUAGCGUGGGACGCAGGAUAAAGAAGGAGCUGAAUGAGAAGGUCUUCUGGAAAGUCAGACUGUGGAUGGUUGUGGUUGCCAUCUUUCUCAUCAUUCUUGCUGUGAUCUUCAUCUCACUGGCCUUAUGCUCAGUAAUCCAUGAGGACGUGGAUGAGAAAUAUGACCAGUCGUCAUUUAAAGUUCCUCGGAGCUUUAACGGAAGUUUCCUGCUGCCCAAUCGGAACGUCACAUCAGAGCUUUACUCGCCGUCGUCCAAUCGGAGCCAGAUGCUCGCCGCUGAACUUCGGGAAAAGCUGUCUGACCUUUACAGAGCCUCCCCUGCCCUGGGCCGAUACUUCUCCGACGCCGAGAUAUAUCCUUUCAGGAACGGCUCGGCCACCGCCCAUUUCCGGCUGAAGUUUCUCAUGCCUGCGGAGCACGGUCAGCUGGAGAAGUUCACUCUGAGUCGAGAGGUGGUGUACAACGUGUUCAGACAGUUUCUCUACGACCACGAGACAGAUGAGCAGGGCCUCACGUAUAUCGACCCAACUUCCCUCAGCAUGGUCUGAAGGGCGAGAGACGUUCUGGUUUACACAGUCCGCAAGGGCUGGUGGUGUGCGGGCCACAGCAGCUGCAUGUGACUCGUCCUGAGGAGCAGGUGAAUUUUGGCUGAGUCACAUGUAAGGAGAUGGUUAGCAUGUGAUUUGUCAGUCUCUUAUGUGUUUCAAUCAUGUGUUCAACAGAAAUUCAUCAUCUGAUGGAGCCUUUCCACAUGAAGCGAUUGCCCACAACUAUGUUCCCGGUUCAUUUCUAAUGACCAAACAUUGUGUCAAUGUUUUUUUGUUUUUUUUAAUGGAAGCUUUUAUUGUUGCCUUUGUUCGAUACCCGGUCAGUUCCCACGCUUCAGCAAACUUUCACAUAGAGCGGCGAGGCAGCUAACUCUGAGAGUCCUCUAUUUCAGGGUGCACUGAAAUGACCAGUCAUCAAAAAAAAAAAAAAAGGGAAUUUAUCUGUUAAUUGUAAAUAUGAGUGAAUAUACAUCUCCAGAGACUGUGCUUACUCGGGUUAAGUAGUUUUUGAGUAUUUUGUGAAGCAAAAGAGACACUUUUAUAGAAAACAACACUGUAUUACAUGCAAUCUCAUUGCACUCCAGAGCACACAUGUGAAUGAGGUGGAUGUGAGUAUCGACACAACACGGCUUUAUUAUGUGUUUAGUGUUUAAAUGUGCGCUCUACCUCACACUGACACGUGUGUUAAUGGAAAAGUCAGCUAUAUUAUAUAAAUGCAAAAUAUUAUUAUUAUGGUUAUCAUUAUUAUUCAAAUGUUUUAAAUUGAAUAUACAGGUGUUUUAACAUGUCUGCCGUUGUCUUUAUGCAUGCUCAGUAAUCCGGGUAAGAAAAUCCCAGAGGUGAACCAGUUCUUCUGGACACAACGUUUGAGAGAGAAAUGUGUCUUCGCUCCUCUAAGUGACCUCUUCAGUCUCAGCUGACUGCAGCCUUGUUGUUAUAAGGGUGGAGAUAUCUGUAGUUCUCUCUCAAUAAACGCUGUGUCCAGAUGAACCUGAUUCAACUUUCUGUCAUGUCUGCAACGGUUCUGCUUUACCCUACACAUGGCUUCAGAGUGCAUAUUCUCCUGAAAAACAAGUUGCUGGAGCAAGACUUUGUGACCGGAAUCUGAAAUCUAAAUAUGUAUUUUCAAGAUUAA